AUGGACAUGACGUAUGGGAUGGCCUUGGGGGUUCUUGCUCCUUCACCAGAUACAUAUAAGAAGGCAUCAGUCCCUUUGCUUUUCAUCAUCAUCAACACAAACACCAACAUCUCAAAACAACAACAACAACAACAACAACCUAAUUCAUACUUUAAACCACCUACUACAUUUACAUUACGUUCAGACCACACACACAGAACCGCAAUCAUGACAGGAAUGAUGGAGAAAGUUAAGGCCAAGGUCGAUAAUGUCAUGCACAAGGACAAGACUCAUGACGACCCCACCGGCCCCCACAGCUCACAUACAGCUAACGCUGCUGAUCCUACCGUACACAACACCUCCACAACUCACACUGGCUCGACCGGCCUCACUGGCAACAACCACAGCACUGGUGUAAGCACUGGCCUCGGUACCUCGGGCACCCACGGUACAACAGGCCACAGUGACCCCACUGGCCCUCACGACUCUCACAUGGCCAACAAGGCCGACCCAAGGGUUGACUCUGACCGUAUUGGCACUGCUGGCAACAUGGGAUCUAACACCCACGGCACUCACGGAGUCACUGGUACUCACGGUUCAACUGGUACCCACGGAGUCACUGGCACUCACGGUUCAACUGGUACUCACGGAGUAACUGGCACCCACGGUUCAACUGGAUACAGUGACCCUACUGGCCCUCAUGACUCCCACAUGGCCAACAAGGCCGACCCCAGGGUCGACUCCGACCGUGUCGGUACCACUGGCAACCUAGGAUCCAACACCCACGGCACUCACGGAGUCACUGGCACUCACGGAGUCACUGGCACUCACGGUUCAACUGGUACCCACGGAGUCACUGGCACCCACGGAGUAACUGGAACCCACGGUUCAUCAGGCUACAACGAUCCCACUGGCCCUCAUGACUCCCACAUGGCCAACAAGGCCGACCCUAGGGUUGACUCUGACCGUAUUGGCACUGCUGGCAACAUGGGAUCCAGCACCCACACGACCGGUACUCACGGCGUCACUGGCACUCACGGAGCCACUGGCACCCACGGAGUAACUGGAACCCACGGAACAUCCAGCCACAGCGACCCUACCGGUCCUCAUGACUCUCGCAUGGCCAACAAGCUUGACCCCAGGGUCGACUCCGACCGUGUUGGCCCCGCUGGCAACAAGGGAAGCGCCGCCUAUGAAACCACCACCGGCACCGGCAACUUGGCUCACCGCAACAACGAGACUGGUGACCUGCCCAAGGCCCUUGUAGAGCCCUACUCCCAGGCCGAGCCUCACUCCUCCCUCCAGAACGGCCACAACACCACCGGUACUCACGGUACCACUGGCCUCCACGGCACCACUGGAACUCACGGUACCACUGGAACUCACGGUAGCAGUGGCCUUCACAGCACCACCGGCACCACUGGCACCCAUGGUCUCCACAACACCACCGGCACCACUGGAACUCACGGUAGCAGUGGCCUUCACAAUACCACCGGCACCCAUGGCACCCAUGGCACCCAUGACACCACUGGCACCCACGGAACUCACGGUACUACUGAUGUCCACGGCAAGCCAUCCUUGAUGGACAAGCUGAACCCCAAGAAGGACGCCGACUUUGACGGCAAGGCUGGCAUCAUGGACUAG